UUCAAUUAGUCUGUAGACCUUGUGAUUGGGGUUUAGAGUAGAAAUCUGUUUCAAGACCCCCGAAUUCCCUCCUCCUCAUUCACACUCUCUUCAAAGUCAGCAACAGGCAGCCCAGGGGGAACUUGAAACAGUCUGACGGACAAAGCGGUGAAAGUCAUGCUGUCGCUCCUGCGCUCAACAGAUAUCCAAACAAAGUAUGCCGUUUACACUAGCUCGCGAGUCUUUUUGUUUUCGAUUAGCAGAUAAAAUGUCGCCCAAAGCGUAGCUUGUAAACUCACGUUUUAUUCAGUGACAGUUAGACGGAACUUUGUGGGACAAUGCAAGCGAGUGCAAGUUUGUGUCUGUUUUUGGCACUGGUGUUGCCGUGCUGUUUCGUGGCGUCUGGACAGCAUCACGGAGACAGUGGGAUAGCCUUUCCCGACCACAGCUUCUGUCAGCCCAUAACUAUCCCCCUGUGCACAGACAUCGCUUAUAAUCAAACCAUUAUGCCAAAUCUGGUCGGACACUACAACCAAGAGGAUGCUGGGCUGGAGGUCCAUCAGUUUUACCCACUAGUCAAGGUACAGUGCUCUCCUGAACUCAAGUUCUUCCUGUGCUCCAUGUAUGCUCCAGUGUGCACGGUUUUGGAGAAAGCCAUCCCGCCGUGCCGCUCCAUUUGCGAGAGGGCAAAGCACGGCUGCGAGGCCCUCAUGAACAAGUUCGGCUUCCAGUGGCCAGAGCGGCUGAGAUGUGAACAUUUCCCCGUGCUCGGAGACGGACACAUCUGUGUGGGCCAGAACGACUCCGUGGCUACAGUGUCGCCCGUUCACAUGCCCGUCCCAAGAACGCCUGGCAUUCAGCUGUACUCUUCGUUGGACAAACCGUUCCGCUGCCCGGCAGUGCUAAAGGUGCCUUCCUACCUCGGUUAUAAGUUCUUGGGCGAGCUGGAUUGUGGUGCUCCAUGUGAGUCCUCCAGAACACAACGGGUUUAUAUGUUCUUCACGGACCAGGAGAUUGGAUUUGCCCGGAUUUGGAUCCUCAUCUGGUCCUCCCUCUGCUGUGCAUCAACCUUAUUCACCGUGACCACGUAUUUAGUGGACAUGCAACGAUUUAAGUACCCAGAACGUCCUAUUAUUUUCUUGUCCGGCUGUUAUACCAUGGUUUCCAUUGCGUAUAUCGCUGGUUAUUUUCUUGGGAACAAAGUUGUGUGCAACGAGGGCUUUUUUCUCGAUAGUUAUAAAACCAUCGUUCAAGGUACGAAGAAAGAGGGCUGUACGAUUCUGUUCAUGAUGCUGUAUUUCUUCAGUAUGGCGUCUUCGAUUUGGUGGGUCAUCCUGUCUCUCACUUGGUUCCUGGCGGCUGGUAUGAAAUGGGGCCAUGAGGCUAUCGAAGCCAAUUCACAGUACUUUCACCUGGCUGCCUGGUCCGUUCCGGCUGUAAAGACUAUUAGCAUCCUGGCCAUGGGACAAAUCGAUGGAGACGUGUUAAGUGGCGUCUGCUUUGUGGGCCUGAACAAUUUGGAUCCCUUGAGGGGCUUUGUGCUGGCCCCGCUCUUCAUCUACCUCUUCAUUGGCACCUCGUUCCUGCUGGCCGGCUUUGUGUCCCUGUUUCGCAUCCGCACCAUCAUGAAGCACGACGGUACCAAGACGGAGAAGCUGGAGCGCUUGAUGGUCCGCAUAGGUGUCUUUUCAGUUCUUUACACUGUCCCGGCCACCAUCGUCAUCGCUUGCUUUUUUUAUGAGCAGGCCUUCAGGCAGCACUGGGAGAAGAGCUGGAUCAGUACGAACUGUAAGCGCCUGGCCAUCCCCUGCCCCAUGCAUCCCGCUCCUCACAUGACCCCCGACUUCACCGUCUUCAUGAUCAAGUACCUCAUGACUCUCAUUGUAGGGAUCACUUCGGGAUUCUGGAUCUGGUCGGGGAAGACACUGCACUCUUGGAGGAGGUUCUACACGCGUUUGACCAGUAGCGGACAAGGGGAGACCAACGUUUGAAACUGGCGAUCAUGGUCCACAUUUUCAUGCAAUGAUAACAAAAACAUAACUAAGUGCCUUCGAUCCUCAGUAUUUUGAAAGCAGUUACACUUGUACACUUAUUUUUAGACUGUCAGAGACUUUCAAGUGGAAAGAGAAAUGGAACAUAAACCACUUGAAUUCCCCAAAACAAACAUGGCCAAUUUGAUACCAAGUGCAGAAACGUUUUCCUCCCCCAUUCUGUUGACCCCCCGUUUUUUUUUCAUAAGCUGCUGGCCAUAAAAACUUAACUUGGAAAGUGAGAUACCAGCUGGGAAUUCAACAAACGACAGAGCAAUGAGAACCAUGGGGGGAGGAGAGCUUGAAAGCUUGUCAUCUAAUAUACAGCAGCCAGUUGUGCUUAAUGUAAUUACAACAUUGUACAUAAUAUUUGUAAAAAUCUGCAUUUGAACAUAAUUAUAUAUUUGUAUUUAAGCAAAUCUUCAUUUUUUUGUGUGUUUCAGAAAUUGGUACUUACUAUUUGAUGCUAGUAUCUAGAAUAUUUUCUGCCCCUAGUCUCUCUUUCAUGUCUUCUAUAAUCACGUUUGUCCCUCUGUUUCGAAUUAAAGUUGUUGUAAAUAAUACUCUUCUCUUUUUAAACUUUAUUUAGUUCAGAGGUAAAAGAAAAACAUAUUUCAUGACAUGUGUUGUGGAUUCAAAGGAGUAGUUCACCUAAAAAUCUGUAAACUGUAAUUUACUCACUUUCAUGUUGUUUGAAACCAGGAGAAGCGGAAGACGGAAUAUUGUUUUGAAAAAGUGUUUUGUCUUUACAAUGAAAGGCAGUGAAGUG